AUGAGUCUGGGAAAACUGCCCGGGAUUAAAGGCCUGGUGUCGGGCUCUCAGGGGAAGAGGCGCUUUAAGAGCGAACUCUCCGUGGACAUGAUCAGCCCGCCACUCCCGGAUUUUCGCCACACCAUGCACGUGGGCCGUGGCGGCGAUGUGUUCGGAGACACCUCCUUCCUUAGCAACCACGGGGGCAAAGGGGAACCAGUGAGCCCCGAUUCACCCACCAGCAGCUCGAAGACCACCCGCUUCUUCUCCCGCACCCUGAGGCAUGUACGCAGGUCCCCUGUGCCCCGCGCCAGGAUUGGUUCCCGUGACCUUUCACCCCCACCGCCUCCUGUCUCGCCCAUCAUCAAGAACGCCAUUUCACUGCCCCAGCUGAACAUUGACAUGCCCAACGGCUACCAGAGGGUGCUGUUCCCCAGCUCAGUGAGCUCCCCAGAUACCUCCCUCUACAGCUACGGUAAGAACACUGCUACAUCUGGAAUGGGAAAAAGCACAUAUUGCACACACACACACAGGUUGACAUUUCCUCUUCUCAACCCUCCAAACAGUCAACAAACAAACUAUUUUUUUCAGAGUCAUCUGGAAUCUCCUUGGUAACACCUGCGCACAAUUACGCCUAUAAACACAAACAAACACAGCUGAGGAGAGAAAGAUACCAAGAGGGCAUUUCCUGUCAUCUUUUGUGUUUGCGUGCUGCUUGACUGCACCGCAUAAACCCAACACUCAUCAUCUCCCUCUUAAAUCACUGCUGGUACAGCGAAACUGUGUGUGUGUUCAUGAGUAGGGUUUUUUAGAACAGUAUGUGGGAUGUCUGGAAUUCCCCCCAGCUACGGGAAUAGUUACCCAACUCAGAUGGAAUUUACCCAAAUAAAGAGCACCAACAGAGGGCACAGAGAGUUAGAAGACCUAGGAGAUCAACAGGUUAACUCACACUGUACCACCCCUUACUGUGAUGUACACAUGUUCAUUUGUAUAUUCUGGUCAUUUCUUUAGCUCUUCUUUCUUUCCUCUCCUGUCCCAUUUUCCUCUCAUUCCUUUUCUACUCUCCACUUCAUCACUUUUUUAAACUUGAAGUUCCUUUCUCUUUCCCACUCUGUUAUCCUCUAAUAUAUCUAUUUCUGGGUCCUCCUUCUCUGACUUCUCUUUCAGUAGCGGCUGAGAACUGUCCAUAGGCAUAAAUAACAAGCCCCCCCCCCCACCCUGCAGUGCCACACCCCCUCUGCAUCCCUUUGAUUGAUCCUUUCUUAAGAUGUUAAAGCUAGGAAUGCGGAAUCUUGUAUUAGUACUUAGAAAAGUUUCGUUGAUAGAGGCAAUGCUGGUUUGCUUUUCUAAAAUAAGUUGCACCCCCCCCCCCCCUCCUCCAGGGAGCAUUCAGAGCCAGGGAAGUCAUGCACCGUGGAAUGUGUGUGGGUUGGGCUGGUGCUCUGAAAUGACUAAACAUCUUGCUUGUUUUAUACUGUCACCCUCUGGCCAAUGAGGCAAACUGCAAGGCUCACUGACAUUAUUUUCAAUGCACUUCUAUGAAAGUAGUUUUCUCAGUCUAAUGAAAGUAAUUGGAUAUUAUAUUGUAGAUGCAUUAAUAGAAUAGACAAUGGCCUUUUUCAAGGCAUGAACUGUUCUCCAUUUAAAAAAAAGUUGUAAUAUGUUUGUCUCCUUCCUGUCUGCAGGUCUGCAGUCUGGUUUCGUCACACUGCCCCGCCACUCCCGCCUUGAUAAACAGCUGCAGGACGGCACCGGACUCUUCGCUCAGGACUUUCGCUGCGGCUCGUUCCCAGACAACGACGGCUUCGCGCUGACACGCUCCGACUCCUUCACCUCGUUCACAGUGGACCUUGGCCCCUCCCUCAUGAGCGAGGUUCUGGGCAUGAUUGACAGCCCCAGUUGCCUCACAAUGCCAAAUCACAGCUGGGAGUUGGGGGAAGAGGAGGAAGAGGAGGAGCAGAGCUCUGUGUUUGAGCUGGCUGUGCAGAGCCCCAUGUUAAGCUCAUCAAACCCUUCAAUGUCAAGCACGCCGCUCAAAGUGAAUGUGAACAACAGGGGGCGCUCUUGCAGCUCAGAGUGGGCAGAGGGAGAGGAGGAGGAUGAGAGGUCUCUUAAGAUGCCAGACGCAUCUAUGAGGUCUCCUACACAGGUAGAACCAGCGAUGGAAGCUGAGAGGUUCCAGAGGGCAGCUGACGUGCUGGCGCGUCACUACGGGGGAGGCUCCUUCUCCAGGAGUCAUCGCAGCAAUUCUGCCUCCUCCUCCUCCUCACCCCGCAGCCAGUCUAAAGCCCCUUACGCCUUCCCUGAGGAAGAGGAGAUCAAAGUCUGA